GCUCCUCGGGCGACUUCUCCCUGCGGAAGCCGCCCGGAACCUCAGUCCAGCAGCUCGUAUGCGGCGAGGUGAUCGAACCCCAGCGGUGCCCCAAUGCGGCAGUGCUGACCGCCUCGCUGCAGGCCCAAGAUCAGCUUGAAGAUGUGCUGACGGAGCAGUGUCGAAUAGACGAGUUCACUUGCGAGCAGUAUAUCAACCGCCAGGGCGUGGAUGACGUCGAGUCAGAUGUUUUCAUGGAUGCUCUGGGCUUUUUGGCUGAGCUGGGGGCAAGCUUCGUGGCAAUCUCGGGACUGCAAGGCACACCUGGACACGAGAUUCAGUUGGUGAGGUUUGCCCUGGCAAUGCGGGACCGGCUGGAUGAGUUGAGGAAAGCGCUUUCCUCGGCCGGCGAGGUCUCGCAGCUGUCCCUGGCCAUCGGUCUCGAUAUGGGAAAAGCGACACGACUUGUCCUUGGACGAUUGAGCCCUCAUGCCGAAGUCUCAGCUAGCGUAGCCUUGCAGUUGAGAGCGAGACCAUCUCUGAAUCACGAUCAUGCCGUUCUCGCUUGCGGCGAGUUCUUUGGGCUGCUGGAUGUUGAGUACGGGUUGCAUUGUGGUUAUCGCGGUAAGGUCACCAUCACUGGUCCAGCGAUGCGAAAAGCCAGGCAGACCAGAGACAAAAGACAGUCUGGUGCCGGGUUCAACCAAGCUGAGAAAAUGUGCGCCGUGGUCAUCAGGCUGUUGUGUGACGAGGCAGGCAUCCAGACCAGCAGACAGGCCCUUUCGGGGGCAGCAGUGUCCGGAAAGCUUCGCUCAGCUGGCUGGUAUUGA